AUCAUGUAACAGCGUGCUUGACGUAUAUUGUUGGGGAGUGAAAUGGACAUUCACGCAAGGUGUGGAGGGAGUGUGGGAACUGUGAGACUAGAUUACCAGGGAUGGGAUACUGUCUCUGCCUUGAAGGAGAGGGUGGUUGGCUCUGAUUCAGCCACACUGGCCUCCGAUCUGAGGGUCGUGCACAACGGGCGUGUGUGCCCAGAUGGCGCAAGGCUAGCUUUCUGUGGAAUUCUUCCUGGAUCCCAAGUCAACGUCGCAGUGCGUGCACGUGGCGGAGGAGGUGAUGGUGGCUCCACGGGCGCAGAGUCACGGUCCAGCUUCCUGGAGAUGUAUGCGCAAAAAAAGCCAGACAAGAUCAACCCUGAAGAGGAGAAGUUGGCCCGCUGGACAACGUGCAGAUUGUCAGGGGAACGCUUGUCUCCUCCGGUGUGUGCAGAUGAGAUGGGCAGUCUCUAUAACAAGAGCGCCGUCGUGGCAGCGCUGAUCUCAAAAUCUCUGCCACCUUCACUGGCGCAUAUCAGUGGCCUACGGCACCUCAUUGAUCUCAAGCUGGAGCCCAGCUCGCAGUCCAAUGAGGACGUUGCAAAGAAGGCCAACGGCGCAUCGGCAGGCAACUUCCAGAUGAACAAUGUGGCGGACUUUUCUUGCCCGCUGACAGGCCUGCAGAUGAAUGGCCGCUGUCGGUUUUCUGCCUUGAGGAAUACCGGGCACGUCAUCAGUGAGAAGGCACUGAAAGAGGUGCCAUCGGCGGUUGAGGAGCUGGUGGGAGGCAAAUGGGCGACAGAGGAUGUGCUGCCGCUGAAUGGCACUCCUGAGGAGGUGCAGCAUCUGCGCGAGCAGAUGUUGCUCGCCCGCGCGGCCGCCAGGGCCAAGAAGGAGAAGAAGAAGGCCGGCAAGGUGGCGGCAGCAGCGGUGGAGGAGAACGGGGCAGGAGUGGCGGUUGCUGGCUCGGAAAAACUCGCGGAGAAACGCAACGACGCAGAGGUGGGCAGCCUUGGGGAUGAGAAGGCACAGGUCAAGAAAUUCAAGGCAACAGAGAGCGCGCCCAAGCUUGCAUCAAAACAAGUGUGGGCCUCAAUUUUCACAUCAAGUCGUCCAGAGGAGAAGGAGACAUAUGCCUGUCGUGCUCUCAGCUCGCGCGGCCUGGCAUGA